UUCUCCAUUUCUCCUCUUCCUUCUUCUUUCUCUCUCUACAUUCUUGUUUCUCUCUCUAAAAAGAAAGCUUUCUCUCUCUAACUCUUCCAACAACACUCACUCACAUUCCUCCUUUUAUAUCACGAGAUCCCCAUCACUUUCUCUCUCUAAACCUUCAUGUCUUCUUCAACAAACCCAUUUUUCACUCCUCACUCUACUUUCAUUCAAACACAUUGCUAACACUCACACAACACUGUGUUUUAGAGAGAGAAAGUUAGUUACAGUUUCUUUCUCUCUCUCUCUCCGAUUGAAUCUUUCAACAACCUUUCUUGAAGAAAAUGUCGCGUUCGCCGGGAGAUUCCAAACCCGAUUCUCCCCGGGGUAAACUCACCGAUCGGUUUCGUCAAGCGGUGAGUUUAGUAACGAAACCGAAAAGAGCGAGUAAACCGGAUGUUCGUGAACUCGAUCACGGUUCACCGGUUUCGCCAUUGAGGACGACAAGUGGUGUACCGGCGAUUAGUAGUAGUUCGGGUUCUUCUGGAUCUUUCUCUGGUAAGACCGGGUCUAAACCGGUUUCGAAUUCGAAGAAGUCGAGUUCGGCGCCGAUUCAUAGCAGUAACUCCGGUGAGCUUUCUGGUUCGAGUGAUAACAGUCCAAGAAGUAGAUCCGGAGGGAAUGUGAGAGGUUCGAAACCGAAAGCGGGGGAUUCAAGAUCCAAUUCGGGAUCCGGCGCGACUCCGAAGGCGCAUUCUGGUCAAACUGUGAACUCUCCGCCGAUUAAUGUUCUUCCGGCGGGGAAUAUUUGUCCUUCUGGAAAGGUCGUGAAGACCGGCAUGGCGUACAAGAAUACCAAGAGUGAUGUUCUUGGUUAUGGAACUGGGAACUAUGGUCACGGGAGUAUAAUGCGCGGCGGCACUGCCGGUGGCGCCGGGAGAGUUGAUGCGAGUAGUACGAGGAGCGGCAUUGGGAGUGAUUCGGGGAAAAGAGGGAUGGAAAGUGUGGAUCCGGAACAGCUCAAGUUAGUAGGGAAUGAGCAUUACAAGAACGGUCAAUUUGCGGAGGCUUUGAGUUUUUAUGACCGUGCAGUUGCUGCUUUGCCGAGGAGUGCUUCUUAUCGGAGCAACCGCGCCGCCGCGUUGAUCGGUUUGGGAAGACUUCCUGAAGCUGUGAGGGAAUGUCAGCAGGCUCUCAAUUGUGAUCCUGAUUAUGUUAGGGCUCAUCAUCGUUUGGCUUCUCUAUUCAUCAGGUUAGGACAAGUUGAGAAUGCUAGGAGACACCUUUGUCAUCCUGGAUUGACUCCAAAUCCGACCGAGAUGCUGAAGUUGCAACUGGUGGAUAAGCAUAUUAGUAAGUGUACAGAUGUUAGGAGGGCAGGGGAUUGGAAAAGUGUUCUGAGGGAACUUGAUGCUGCUUCUACUGCUGGAGCUGAUUCUUCUCCUCAGCUCUUUAUGUGUAGAGCAGAAGCCCUUUUGAAACUUCAUCAAAUUGAUGAUGCAGAAUCAGUUUUGUCACAUGCUCCGAAAUCGGAUCCACAAAUUAAUCAUACACCUUUUGAAGCAAUAUUUUUUGGGAUGCUUGCUGAAGCUUAUUCCUACUAUGUCAGAACUCAGAUUGAGAUGGCAUUGGGAAGGUUUGAGAAUGCGGUUACAUCUGUAGAGAAGGCAAAUCAUAUUGAUCCCCAAAAUAUUGAAAUUGCUGUUUUACUUAACAAAGUAAAGAAAGUGGCAAGAGCUCGGACUCGUGGUAAUGAUCUUUUCAAAUCUGAGCGGUUCACUGAAGCUUGCUCGGCAUAUGGAGAUGGUUUGAGAUUGGACCCUUCAAAUUCUGUUCUGUAUUGCAAUAGAGCAGCAUGUUUGUAUAAGAUUGGUGAAUGGCAAAAAUCAAUUGAUGACUCUAACCAAGCUUUAUUUUACCGCCCAAAUUAUACAAAAGCUCUUCUUCGAAGGGCUACAUCAUAUAACAAGCUAGAAAAGUGGGAAGAAGCGGUUAAAGAUUACGAGGUCUUGCGAAAAGAACUUCCAAAUGACAAUGAUGUUGCCGAAGCUCUUUUUCAUGCAACUGUUUCACUAAAAAAGUCUCGUGGAGAAGAAGUUACUAAUUUGAAGUUUGGUGGUGAAGUGGAACGAGUAUCAGGUCUUGAGCAGUUUAGAACUGCAAUAUCUUCAUCAGGUGUUUCUGUUGUCCAUUUUGAAGGUGCAUCCAACUCGAAAUGCAGGCAAUUAUCGCCAUUUUUGGAUACAUUAUGUGCCAAAUAUCCAUCUGUUAACUUCCUCAAGGUGGACAUUUAUGAAAACGCAACAGUUGCAUCUGCUGAGAAUGUUAGAAUUGUACCAACCUUCAAGAUAUACAAAAAUGGAAACCAAGUGAAAGUGAUCGUAAGCCCUAGUCUCGAUGUGUUGGAGCAGUCUGUCAAGCAUUACAGCCUUUAGAAUUCAUCAUGAUUUGUAAUACAUCUCUCUUCGUCAUCUUCAUUUUUCCUUCUCACGGUCCUCAAACCGCCACUUAAACUUUCAAUCCCUACAGUUCUUUCAGUCUUUUGAUCCCAUCAUAAAACAACCACCACCCGAUACCUGUGACAUAGUAAAAAAAAACCAGACAAUAAUCUUGUUAGCAUCAUUGAAUGCAGUUGGAACCUUAGAGAUAAGUAGUCAAGUUCCUAUUAGAGUUUUCAUUUUAUUCAUUCAUUCCUCAUUGCUCUUUGGUUCCAUAUAUGUUCCAAUGUUUCUUCCCAACUCCCUUGAUCAAUUUUCUUGUAUCCCCAGUUUUUUUCUUUAAGGCAAUGUGCUUAGAAAAUGGUAUUGUCUGUACAAUUGAUUUGACUAUGAGUUUUUUAAUUACAUUUUAAGAUAGAAAAAUAUAUAGAAAUAUAGAGAAAAGGGAGGUGAAGGUGUUAUGCUUAGUUAGAGAAGGAUCUGUAUUCCGUACAUGUAUAUAUGUGAUGAUAUAUACACUAGACAAUGGGAGCCUUUGAGGGAAGAGAUAGGUAAAGUGGUGGCUGGGGUACCCUAGCAAAAGGAGGAUGAAAAUGUUUUUGUUUCUUUUUCUUUCUUUCUGUCUUGACCAUUCAAUCAAUAAAAGUUCAGUUCCUAUUUUUUCAAA